AUGCCGGGCUUCGCAGAGUCCUUUUGGUCCAGCGAUUAUGCUGCGGGACUGGGCGUCCUGUUCAGCAAGUUGCAACAGGGCGUGCAUGAGAACCGUCAAGUCCUUACCGUUGCCCGAUUGCGUGCCGAAGCCGAAGAGAUCUACAGUCAACGCUUGGGAGACAUCGCGCCAGCUGCCGACAAAGUGCAAAGUGGAUUCUCGAGAGAUGACGGUGCCAGUGUCCGCAAGGCCUACGAUGGCGUUCGGACCGAGAUGGAGGAGGGUGCCAAGAACCACAAGAAGAUCGCACAGAACAUUCGAGAUCUCGUCGUCAACCCUUUCUCCCGCUGGUGCGAUGCCCACGAAUCUCGCAUCCAGGAUUCCCAGGACGAGCUGCAGGCUCGCAUCAAGGCGCACGACAGACAAGCAGAACUGGUCAAGAAGCUGAGGAGCACCUACUUCAACAAGUGCCGUCUGGUUGAAGAUAUCGAGGAGGAGACCAAGCUCGCAUUCCAAGAUCCCGAGAACAGCCCGAAGAACAACAUUCCCGAGAUCAAGGUCUCCGAGAACAAGGAGCCCGAGAAGGAGAAGCACGAGGUCGAAGCCGAGGACGAGAUGGUCGAGAUUGGCGAUGAAUUCUACAACCCCGACCAGGUCAAGAAGAUUUUGGAGCAUGCGCUGAACACGAUCAAGCUCGGAGAGACAAAGGUUCCUAUUCUGGGAACUUACCAGAACACCUCCUCUGGCGCAGAGAUUGUGGAAUACCUGCAAAAGCACAUGAACACCAGCAGCGUCAGCUAUGCUGAGAGAAUCGGACAGGACCUCAUCACCAACGGAUUUCUGCGCCUCAUUGGCAAUGUCGGCAGCUCUUUCGCAAACAGCUCCAAGAUGUUCUACCAGUGGCGGCCAAAAGCCUUCAAGGCCGCUGGUGUCCCCGAAAAGAAGCAAGCUCUUGGACGCACCUUUUCCAUGCCCGUUUCCGAAUCGUCGGAUUCGCCCGUUGUCGGAACCGUCAGCGAGUACCUUGCCAACUGGAACGUCCUCAACAACGCCCACCCCAACGAGACCCCCGCCGAGCGAUUGCGCCGUGAGGCCAGAGAGGCCGACGACAAGUACAAGAGCGGUGUUCAUAAGCUUGAUGAGAUGCGCUGCGAGUUGGAGGAGACUAUUUUUCUCCACCUCCGCUUCUUGGAGCGCUGCGAACUGGACCGUCUCAAGGCCAUCAAGACGGUCAUUCUGGACUUCUCCGGUACCAUCAGCAACGUCAUCCCCAGCCUCCAAUCGGCUGUCGAUAACAUGAUGCUCUUCCAGGAGACGGUGCAACCCGCAGGAGACCUGAGGUACCUGCUGGAGAACUACCGCACCGGUAGCUUCAUUCCCAGGGUCGUAGUCUAUGAGAACUACUACAAUAAGGUUGACGAGCAGACCUUCGGUGUGGAUCUUGAGGCCAGAGCGCGUGCGGAUAAGAAGCGCGUGCCCGUCAUCAUCACCACUAUCCUGACCUACCUUGACAGCCACUACCCUGAUCUGGAAGGCGACGAAGCGAGACGUAACGUCUGGCUGGUGGACGUGCCUCUGCCGCAGAUUCACAAGUUGCGCGCCAAGAUCAACGACGGCAAGCCCAUCCCAAGCGACGUCUUUGACGAGUUCGAUAUCCCGACCGUAGCAAGCUUGCUCAAGCUCUACCUCCUUGAACUGCCUGAUUCUCUGGUCUCGUCACAUGUGUAUGAAAUCAUCAGGACGAUCUACCAGACUCAGACUUCGGACGACGAUGGCUCGCGAGUUCCUGUUCUCCAGCAGACUCUGUCGCAAUUGAGACUUACCAACAUCGCAACGCUUGACGCCUGCAUGAACCACUUUACGCGCCUAAUCGACCUCACCUCGGCUGAUGAAACUUACGUCUCGACCUUAGCUACUACCCUGGCGCCAUGCAUUCUGCGCCCUCGCACGGAGACUUCACUCACGAUGGAGGAGAAGCACGCUUACCGUCUCAUUCGGGAUCUCUUUGCUCACAAGGACGCCAUCUUCAGCGAGCUGAAGCGCAUGUCUACUUUGAAUCACAGUGUGUCGGUCGGCGGCAACAAUAACCGCCCUCGUGCCAUCAGCACCGACGAAAGCAACCGGAGAGCAAACAUGGAGGAGCGGAAUAGAGCUCUGCUCGAAAAGGCUGCCGGUAGCCGCGGCCGCGCUACGAGCCCCGCCCCUAGCCCUCGCGGCCACAGACGUGAUCGCAGCACCGGCGGCCCCGAAACCCGCUUCCCCAUCCAGACGAGCCCUCCCGGAACCGCUGGUGACCGCCAGCGGUCCAGCCUCGGCAGCGUGAUUGGUGCCAAGCGCUCCAGUCUCGAGGUUCCCGGUAGCGAGACGGGCUCGCCCGCAGAGCCGACGAACGGCACGACGAACCCGGCCCCGGCUGCCGAGGGCGUUGCCGCGAGGAUCCAGGCGCUCGAGUCGCCAGUAGAGAAGCGCAACAGCUUGGGUCGCAGCACUGCGAGAUACUCGCUCGAACGGCGGGUGCCCAUCGCACCGAGCGGAAACGACAGCGCUCCGUCGACCCCCCGCGGCGUGACGCUCGAGGACAAGCCCAUGGACGAUUAA